AUGGCGGAUGUAAGCUCAAGCAGGCCAAGCGCUGUGCGGGUCAUACAGGCUCCGGUAUACGGGUACGCGACAACGGCCUUCUCUGGCGUGACCAAGACCAUUCAGCCACAGGUCCAGUGGCCAGCCUAUGUCGCACAUCCUAGUGUCCAGUGCAGGACACCGGCUGCUGCUCCGACUGCUGUCCCUAAGGCACUGCCAGGUGCCAGCAAGAGGGUUUUCACAAAUGCCAAGUCCUUGAUGAUGGCCUACAACUUCAAGGGCGACUUCCAGAUUAACGGAAGGCCUUUGAUCCUGUCAGUGGACCCGGUGGAUUCAGAGAGGUCCCAUGUGGCCACGGGCUUGCGAGCUUGGGACGGAGGCAUCGUAUUGGCCAAGUACAGCUUCGACUUCUGCUGCCUGCCGCCGGUUCCGGAGCAUGAAAACUGCCACUGGGAAGAGGUGGAGAGCAGGCUGGAGGAGGGCCUGCGAUUCCUCGAAAACUUCCCAGUGGUUCUCCGAGAGGUGUGCUGUGUGCUACCUCAUGGCAGCUGUUGGCCGUCGGAUACAGGCGACGUGCUGCCGAGGGGCUUUGCUGAGUGCUGCUUUCCGGGCUUGCGGCGGAUGCUCCUGGACCCCGAGGGUGCCGGAAGCUGGGCCAGGGAAGACUUGGAGGAGGAGUUCCGGCCCUUGCAGGGGCGGACCUGGUCCAAGCGGCAGCUGGAUGCUUUCGCCGAGGACAUGGAUCAAGUCCGUUCCACGCGGCCGGGGAAGCUGGUGGACUUACCUUGCCGAGUUCGAGUAGGAGAUCAUGGGCGGGAGAUGAUCGGCUGCGACUGGCGGCAGUGCCAAUCCUCCCGAGACUCCGCAAACGACUGCUCCUACGUCAGAGCUGUGGAGAUAGGUCUCCGGAUACUGAACACGCACCUUCCCUUGCCAGACCUGGAUCUUUUCAUCAGCCCAACAGAGAACGAUUUCGGGGACUGGCCGGUGCCUAUCUUUACACGCUGCCGUCCACAGGAGCCUCGUGGUCUUUACAUACUACUGCCCUUCGAAUGGCAGCUGCACCCCUGGCAGAGCCGGAAAGCAACGGCCGGCUUCAGAAAGGCCAUGGUGAAGUUCCCCUGGGAGGAUCGAACUGCAAGGCUCCUGUGGAGAGGGACGAACUCGAACUGGGUGAACCGGCCCUGUUCCAUGAAGAGGGUCUCAGAUGGAUCCAUGCCCUGGAGUGCUUGUCUCGCUGGUUUGGACGCUGAGAUCCUGGGCCUCUGGGAUGACCGCUUCGAACUUGUGUGGAAUUUUUCGAAUUGGUUUGCUACUCCCCGUGGUGCUCUGGUUCUUCUCUCCCAGUACGUGGAGGGCAUCGACGCCAAGUGGACCGGCAUCUCUCAUGCCAUGGAGCCGGCCCUAUGGGAAUACUUCGAAAGGAUGGACAUGACCUCUGAGCCUGUGAGCAGCAUGGAGCAGAUGAAGUACAAGUAUGGUAUGAACGUCGAAGGCACCGGAAACAGCGACCGAAUAUACUGGCAGCUGCAUACCGGACAGGUCGUUUUCAACCAUGAAAGCUCUCAGGUCGCCUGGCUGCUCGUGGACCUGCGGAACCAAAGUCGCCGUGGCCUGCUGAAGCCCUUUCAGCACUACGUCCCCGUGCGCUAUGACCUCGAGGACUUGGUUGAGAAUCUGGACUGGUUGCAGAGGAAUGAUGAGGCAGCUGCCUCCAUAGCAGCUACAGCCAGGCAAGCUGCAGAAAAGUACUUAAGCUAUGAUGCAGUGUUGUACUAUCUGGACCGUGCUGUGCGGCGAUAUGCGCACCACCUGCUUCUGGACGAUGGCUAA